GCUUCUAUCUCUGGGAGGGCGGUUGAGGCGGUGGUGGCGGCGUCGGCGGCGGCCGGGCGCUGGCUGAGGGGCGCUGAGGCGGGAGCUGUGGCGGCGCUGGGCGCCCCUGGCCCCUCGGCCUCUGCGGGCCAUGGGCUCCGAGAAGGACUCCGAGUCGCCGCGCUCCACAUCGCUACAUGCGGCCGCGCCCGACCCUAAGUGCCGCAGCGGCGGCCGGCGCCGGCGCCUCACCUUGCACAGCGUCUUCUCUGCCUCGGCCCGCGGCCGCCGCGCCCGGGCCAAGCCGCAGGCCGAGCCGCCGCCCCCGGCUGCGCCGCCGCCGCCCGCCCCGGCCCCUGCCGCGGCCCAGGGCCCGCCGCCCGAGGCGCUGCCCGCCGAGCCGGCCGCCGAGGCCGAGGCGGAGGCCGCGGCGGCGGCGGCGGAGCCUGGGUUCGACGAUGAGGAGGCGGCGGAGGGCGGCGGCCCGGGCGCGGAGGAGGUGGAGUGUCCGCUGUGCCUGGUGCGGCUGCCGCCUGAGCGGGCCCCGCGCCUCCUCAGCUGUCCGCACCGCUCGUGCCGGGACUGCCUCCGCCACUACCUGCGCCUGGAGAUAAGCGAGAGCAGGGUGCCCAUCAGCUGCCCCGAGUGCAGCGAGCGACUCAACCCGCACGACAUCCGCUUGCUGCUCGCCGACCCGCCGCUUAUGCACAAGUACGAGGAGUUCAUGCUGCGCCGCUACCUAGCCUCGGACCCCGACUGCCGCUGGUGCCCGGCCCCGGACUGCGGUUAUGCUGUUAUUGCCUAUGGCUGUGCCAGCUGCCCGAAGCUAACUUGUGAGAGGGAAGGUUGCCAGACUGAGUUCUGCUACCACUGCAAGCAGAUAUGGCAUCCAAAUCAGACAUGCGAUAUGGCCCGUCAACAGAGGGCCCAGACUUUACGAGUUCGGACCAAACACACUUCAGGUCUCAGUUAUGGGCAAGAAUCUGGACCAGCAGAUGACAUCAAGCCAUGCCCACGAUGCAGUGCGUACAUUAUCAAGAUGAAUGAUGGAAGCUGUAAUCACAUGACCUGUGCAGUGUGUGGCUGUGAAUUCUGUUGGCUUUGUAUGAAAGAGAUCUCAGACUUGCAUUACCUCAGCCCCUCUGGCUGUACAUUCUGGGGCAAGAAGCCAUGGAGCCGUAAGAAGAAAAUUCUUUGGCAGCUGGGCACGUUGAUUGGUGCUCCAGUGGGGAUUUCUCUCAUUGCUGGCAUUGCCAUUCCUGCCAUGGUCAUUGGCAUUCCUGUUUAUGUUGGAAGGAAGAUUCACAGCAGGUAUGAGGGAAGGAAAACCUCCAAACACAAGAGGAAUUUGGCUAUCACUGGAGGAGUGACUUUGUCGGUCAUUGCAUCCCCAGUUAUUGCUGCAGUUAGUGUUGGUAUUGGUGUCCCCAUUAUGCUGGCAUAUGUUUAUGGGGUUGUGCCCAUUUCUCUUUGUCGUGGAGGCGGCUGUGGAGUUAGCACAGCCAACGGAAAAGGAGUGAAAAUUGAAUUUGAUGAAGAUGAUGGUCCAAUCACAGUGGCAGAUGCCUGGAGAGCCCUCAAGAAUCCCAGCAUUGGGGAAAGCAGCAUUGAAGGCCUGACUAGUGUAUUGAGCACUAGUGGAAGCCCUACAGAUGGACUUAGUGUUAUGCAAGGUCCUUACAGCGAAACAGCCAGCUUUGCAGCCCUCUCAGGGGGCACGCUGAGUGGCGGCAUUCUCUCCAGUGGCAAGGGAAAAUAUAGCAGGUUAGAAGUUCAAGCCGAUGUCCAAAAGGAAAUUUUCCCCAAAGACACAGCCAGUCUUGGUGCAAUUAGUGACAACGCAAGCACUCGUGCUAUGGCCGGUUCCAUAAUCAGUUCCUACAACCCACAGGACAGGUUUAGCAUGAUCCAUGCAUGACUCAGCAAAGUGGAUUUUGUCUCCACAGAGAAUGCAACAAUAUGGAAAUCCAAGUGGACAUUGAAGCCAAACCAAGCCACUAUCAGCUGGUGAGUGGAAGCAGCACGGAGGACUCGCUCCAUGUUCAUGCUCAGAUGGCAGAGAAUGAAGAAGAAGGUAGUGGUGGCGGAGGCAGUGAAGAGGAUCCCCCCUGCAGACACCAAAGCUGUGAACAGAAAGACUGCCUGGCCAGCAAACCUUGGGACAUCAGCCUGGCCCAGCCUGAAAGCAUCCGCAGUGACCUAGAGAGUUCUGAUACACAGUCAGACGAUGUGCCAGACAUCACCUCAGAUGAGUGUGGCUCCCCCCGCUCCCAUACUGCCGCCUGCCCCUCGACCCCCAGAGCCCAAGGUGCACCGAGCCCAAGUGCCCAUAUGAACCUCUCUGCCCUAGCCGAGGGACAAACUGUCUUGAAGCCAGAAGGUGGAGAAGCCAGAGUAUGAAGUGGAAUGAAUGCUCCUGUUCUGAGAAGCACACUUGUAACUGCAUCUUUUGGAAUUUUUUUUUAUUUUUUUUUCCAAGGGGUAGAGAUUUAUGUAUUUUAUUUCAAAGAUUCUCUGGUCACAGGUGUUCGCCCAGGGAAAUUCUGAGAAAUUCACAAUUUCUUACCAGAUAAAACAUGAAAAGUUUGCCGUUAGUUCCCCUCCCCUCCCCUCCCUCUUUUUAGUUUUAAUUUAUUGGUUAAACUGAUGGCAGCAAUCCGUGAGGUGUGUCAAAGAGUGUACAUAUGUAUGUGUGUAUAUUGAAUGCUAAACAUAUUACUGAAAGACACAUUUUAAUAAAGAUUUCUGUCAUAAUUCAA